UAUGUUCAUUUCCAUUGAAUCCCUCUGCCCCCAAUGGCACUGUUGCUAACGAGUUGGCGCCCGCGGUGGCUCGUAUGAUAAACGCUAAGCACAGAUAACCCAGAAACGAAAACGAUGGCUCGCUCUGUCCCAACCCCAAACCCUCCUAAAACCCUCAACUCGAAUUUCUCAUCAACCAACCACUCAUUCCCAUCAAUCUCCUUUCCGUUAUCAUCAUGUAAUCCAGGUUCGAAAUCCAAAACUUACCCAAAAAUAUCUCUCUCUUUGAUGUCAAACCCCCAUCCGGAACAGCCGUCGUUGGUCGAUUUGAGUGGCGGUGCCCGCAGAGAAGAAGUUAUUGAAGCCGUAAGAAGGUCGAUGUCAAACUGUCUCUCGGAAACCAAUCUUGAUCUCAGUGUCCCCGGACUCAAAUCCAAGACCAGAGGCAAGGUCAGAGAUAUAUAUGACGGAGGAGACUAUCUUGUUCUGGUUACAACGGAUCGGCAGAGUGCAUUCGAUAGAGUUCUUGCUUCAAUUCCUUUCAAAGGCCAGGUUCUUAAUGAAACAAGUCUAUGGUGGUUUAAUAGAACUCAGCACAUUACUCAGAAUGCAGUAGUGUCAGCUCCAGAUAAAAACGUUACAAUUGCAAAGAAAUGCUCAGUUUUUCCUGUUGAAUUUGUUGUCAGAGGUUAUGUGACUGGAAGUACUGAUACAUCGCUAUGGACUGUCUACCAGAAUGGUCUGCGCAAUUACUGUGGCAAUAUACUCCCUGAUGGCUUGGUGAAAAACCAAAGACUGCCUGCAAAUAUACUCACUCUGACGACUAAGGCUGUGGAUCAUGAUGUUCCUGUAACCCCAGAUGAGAUAGUUCAACGUGGGUUGAUGACUGAAGCUGAUUAUGAUGAAGCAAGUAGAAAAGCAUUAAGCUUAUUUGAAUAUGGGCAGCGUGUGGCUUCAGAACAUGGCUUGAUACUGGUAGACACGAAGUAUGAGUUUGGAAAGGGAGGUGAUGGUGCAGUGCUUUUACUUGAUGAGGUGCAUACACCGGACUCUAGCAGAUAUUGGAUUGCCCAUUCUUACGAGGAUCGGUUUCAGAAUGGACUUGAACCUGAAAAUGUUGAUAAGGAGUUGCUGAGGUUGUGGUUCAAAGAUAAUUGCAAUCCAUAUGAAGAUAAGAUUCUCCCUAAUGCUCCGGAAGAACUUGUCUCAGAAUUGGCUUGGCGAUACAUUUUCUUGUUUGAGACAAUUACAAAAUCGAAGUUUGAGAUACCACUAACCGAGGAGCCCGUACAUGAUCGAAUCUCUCGAAAUGUUUCACUUGCACUAUCAUCUCUACUUUAGUUCAAUUGGACGCCUGGAACCAUUGGCCUCAUCAUGGGUAUGCUAAUAUUGUUGUGAGAUGAUCAACUCAAAUUACAGUUGAGUCGAUGCAGAUGGAAUAAAAGAGAGAGAUGUCUGAUGAGUUAAAGUUGAUUCCACCAAGCUUGGUAUAUUGUUGAAUUCUUUGAAAAAGUUGUGGCAGGUUAGAUCUUUGCCUGGAAAGAUGAAUGCAAUUUGUGUCUGUCCUGGAGUAGUAUUUAAAACCUGAUUGAUUGUGUUUCAGCCAACCCGCAAAACACAUGUUUUGAUUGCUUUAGCCUGUUGAAUUUUCCAGGAAUCCUGAUUUCUUGUUUCCAUUAUUCCUUUACCUUGUUAGUUUCAUUUUCAUUGGUGGGACCGGAGACAGCGCUGCGGCGUGCCAUGGUUAAUGUUGUAGACAUUGAUAUAUUCAAAUCUUCGUAGGGCUCCUCAUUUGACAAUUCAGACUUUUAAUUACAUAGAUCUUUUAAUUAA